AUGCCAGUCCACCCACCAAGCAAGGACACAGAGGAGAUGGAGGUGGAGGGCGACUCCACAGCUGAGAUGAACGGGGAGGAGGAAGAGAGUGAGGAGGAGCGGAGCGGCAGCCAGACGGAGUCCGAAGAGGAGAGCUCUGAGAUGGACGAUGAAGACUAUGAGCGGCGGCGCAGCGAGUGUGUCAGUGAGAUGCUGGACCUGGAGAAGCAGUUCUCAGAGCUGAAGGAGAAGUUGUUCAGGGAGCGACUGAGUCAGUUGAGGCUGCGGCUGGAGGAAGUGGAGGCCGAGCGAGCCCCUGAGUACACAGAGCCCCUUGGGGGACUGCAGCAGAACCUCAAGAUUCGCAUUCAGGUGGCAGGCAUUUACAAGAGCUUCUGUCUGGACGUGAUCCGGAACAAGUAUGAGUGUGAGCUCCAGGGGGCCAAGCAGCACCUGGAGAGCGAGAAGCUCCUGCUCUAUGACACCCUGCACGGGGAGCUGCAGGAGCGCAUCCAGAGGCUGGAGGAGGACCGCCAGAGCCUGGACAUCAGCUCAGAAUGGUGGGAUGACAAACUGCACGCCAGAGGCAGCUCCAGGACCUGGGACCCCCUGCCACCCAGCAAGAGGAAGAAGGCACCCCUCGUCUCUGGCCCUUACAUCGUUUACAUGCUGCAGGAGAUGGACAUCCUGGAGGACUGGGCUGCCAUCAAGAAGGCCAGAGCAGCUGUGUCUCCUCAGAAGAGAAAAUCAGAUGUCAAGCCGUCGGAGCAACAUGUGGCUGAACAGGCAGAGCACGUGGCCACGGUGGGGAGAAGGGCUGGCAGCGCCCGAGCUGGGAGCCGGUCAUGCCUGCACCUGCCCGGUCGCCUGGCAGAUUGGCAAGGCCUGUGCGUGGGAGGCAGCCGGCAGCAGCACCAUGUGCUGACGACCUCACAGCCAGACUCCCCCUUGUUCAGCGCUGAGUGCUAG